AUGCCCUCAUCCUCGGUCUCGACGGUAGCCGUCGCCAUCCUCGCGUUCCUCGGCCUCGCACACGCACAUACGGUCAUCACGUACCCGGGUUGGAGAGGAGACAAUUUGCAUUCGAACGGCACGGUUGACGACACGGCCGGCUUGGGAACAUAUGCCGAAGGACAAGAUUAUCUCUACCCAUAUGGCAUGCAAUGGAUGUAUCCAUGCGGUGGGAUGCCCCUCUCGACCAACCGCACGAAAUGGCCGGUGAAGGGCGGUGCAGUCGCAUUCCAGCCGGGGUGGUUCCAAGGCCACGGAUCCGCCUUCAUCUACAUCAACCUGGGUCUGGGAACAAACCCACCGAACAUGUCCAACGUCAUGCUCUCUGGUGUGCAAAUCAUCGGGCCCAGCAAAGACCCGUACCCGGGCUCGUUCUGUUUCCCCCAGGUUCCUCUUCCCGCCAACCUCACCGUCAAUGUCGGAGACAAUGCAACCAUCCAAGUCAUCGAGACGGCCGUCCACGGUGCCGCUUUGUACAACUGUGUUGAUAUCACAUUUGCCGAGCCCGAGGACGUACCGGAAGUCAAUGCGAGCAACUGCUUCAACUCGAGUCAGAUCUCCAGCGACCUUAUCUUCACUACGAGUGCCCUCACGUCGGACUCGUUUGAGCUGUCGACGACCCGAUACGGAUACUUAUCAACGACACUUGCCGUUAUCCUGGGUAUGGUACUGCUAUGA